AUGUCUUCCGACCAUCGCUACCGCCUGCUUAAGGUGCCCAGCGAUGCACCAUUUGAGUUGAGACCCUCCCCGGGAAAGGGAUGGGGCGCUUUCGCAACAAGACCGAUCAAGCGAGGCAUUCUGAUCAUGAUUGAGGACCCGCUCGUUGUCAUGCAUAAAUCAGCCAACGAAAUCACGAAGACGUCUCGAGGGCCAUUUGAGUUCAAGAAUCUACUGGAGCUCUUCAACGAGAAGGCCUUCCCAUACCAUAACCUGGGCCUUAAGGGCUCUCCGGCAUGGGGCCUAUUUGCCCUGCAUUCCCGUUUCAACCAUUCGUGUCUACCCAACUGCGUGGUGCCGACGAACGAUGACCAACACAUCAUGAGCUUCGCGACCAAAGACAUAGCCCUCGGCGAAGAAAUCACUUUCUGCUAUUCUCCACAUUUCAAAGGCUCAACCAGACGCUUGGCGUCUGCCAAGUGGCCCUCUAGGACAGCUCAGUGA